AUGCGACCCACCCACACCAACACUCAUCAACACUCAUCAACACUCAUCAACACUCAUCAACACUCAUCAACACUCAUCAACACUCAUCAACACUCAUCAACACUCAUCAACACUCAUCAACACUCAUCAACACUCAUCAACACUCAUCAACACUCAACACUCAUCAACACUCAUCAACACUCAUCAACACUCAUCAACACUCAUCAACACUCAUCAACACUCAUCAACACUCAUCAACACUCAUCAACGCUCGUCAACAUCCGCCUCAGCACAUUAGCAUAG